ACUCGACUCUCUGCCAUGAAUCCGUACGCCCCUCAUAAAGAUGGCGGACUCAACGUCUCCGAAAGGUCACAGCAUAGUUUUGCUUCCGGUUGUCUCAAGCCUGUUCUUCUCGGAGAAGCAGGCCGUGCUCGGUGCGCAGUUCCGGAGUGGCGCGGUGCGGCGCUGCUGGGACCAUGUCAGCGGGUUGGUAUGCUUCUGCUGUUUUGUAAUUCUGUCGGCGAUAUGGACAACCAGGUAUUAGUCAUUCGUAUUAAAGUUCCCGACGGGGUGGACGUUGACUGGACUGUGCAUUCGGCUUCACCUCUUCACUUCAGAGAUGUGCUGGAUGUGAUUAGUCAAGUCCUGCCUGAUGCAACAACUACAGCUUUUGAAUAUGAAGAUGAGGAUGGUGACCGGAUAACCGUCAGAAGUGAUGAGGAAAUGAAGGCUAUGUUAUCAUAUUACACCAAUGCUGUGGUGGAGCAGCAGAUGAAUGGCCAGCUCACAGAACCACUUCAGAUAUUUCCAAGAGCCUGCAAGCCUCCCGGGAAGAGGAACAUUCACGGCCUGAAGGUGAACACACGUGCUGGCACCACUCAUAACAGCAGCUCCAUUGCAUCCGAUACUUUGCCUAACAAUAGUUUGAAGAAGUCAUCAGCAGAGCUCAAGAAGAUCUUGGCCAAUGGACAGAUGAAUGAGCAAGACAUUCGAAAUCGGGAUAUCCUGGGUCAUGGGAAUGGUGGCACAGUAUACAAAGCACAUCAUGUCCCAAGCGGGAAAAUUCUAGCUGUUAAGGUUAUUCCCUUGGACAUCACUGCUGAAUUACAGAAGCAAAUCAUGUCAGAGUUAGAAAUUCUUUAUAAGUGUGACUCAUCCUACAUCAUUGGCUUUUAUGGGGCUUUUUUUGUGGAAAACCGAAUCUCCAUCUGCACAGAGUUUAUGGAUGGGGGCUCUUUGGAUGUAUACCGGCGGAUCCCAGAACAUGUCCUCGGGAGGAUAGCAGUGGCUGUGGUUAAAGGACUCACCUAUCUGUGGAGCCUGAAGAUUUUACACAGAGAUGUCAAGCCAUCUAACAUGCUGGUGAACACGCGGGGUCAGGUGAAGCUGUGUGACUUUGGAGUCAGCACUCAGCUGGUCAACUCCAUUGCCAAAACCUAUGUGGGAACCAAUGCAUAUAUGGCACCAGAGAGGAUAUCAGGGGAGCAGUAUGGCAUCCAUUCAGACAUGUGGAGUUUGGGAAUUUCUUUCAUGGAGCUUGCCCUGGGGAGAUUUCCUUACCCUCAGAUUCAGAAAAACCAGGGAUCUUUAAUGCCUCUUCAGCUGCUGCAGUGCAUUGUUGAUGAGGACCCUCCAGUCCUUCCAGCUGGGGAUUUCUCAGAGUCGUUUGUACACCUCAUCACUCAAUGCAUGAGGAAGUCACCCAAGGAGAGGCCAGCUCCUGAGGACCUGAUGGGUCACCCCUUCAUUUUGUUAUACAAUGAUGGCAAUACUGAGGUGGUCUCCAUGUGGGUCUGCCGAACCCUUGAAGAGCGGCGGUCACAACAGAACUGCCAGUGAUUACUUACACAGCAUGGCGAGAGGACUGUGCCUUUGUUCCUGCACCACAAGACGACUCCUUCAAGCCUUUCAGACAGUUCUUAAAUGGCACUGGGGAAAUCCAGUGGCUUUCAUGCUACUAUCCUUUGCCCUCUUCUCUUCUGGUGUCUUAGUGGAGUUGCCAAACUGAGACCUAGGCUUGGACCAGAAAGGAAUGGAGUCUUGUGAUUUUACAUCAGGUGGUUUGCGCUGGUGUGCAGAACAUGUGUUGUGGUGAGCUGAAGUGGUGCCCAGUUUGGGAUAGGGGAACAACCUGGAUUAUUAAAUUAUGAGCAAAUUCAUUACAUCCCAUGGCUUGGGAAAACUCAGAACUAUGACUAUAUUUUGCAAUAUUUUGUUGUAAAAAGCUGCAUUUGUGCAAUAAAUCUUUCUUUCCGAAA